AUGAAGCGAGUGAAGCGCGAUGUCAAAAGCGAGCCACGCGCAACCAACGGUGUCUGCGACAGAUUCACGUCUUAUUCGACGCCACCAGCUCUACAACGCAAAAGUCCCAUUUGUCCAGCGGCACCUUACAAGGCACGGACACGGAGCAUCUCGAAGCUGACCCAGACAUCGUCGAUUGAUCUGAGCAUAUUGCAUCGGUGGUAG